AUGGCGCUUGUGAAACGUACACAGGAGUCGCUUCAGAGUACUACCAUUGACAAAGGUGGACGGCUGAACGCGGACGACUGCAUCGAGUGUCGAGAGCAUGAGCGAAGCUGCAUAAGGGUCGGGAUCUCAAAAGUGGACGGAGAUACAAAGCAGCAGAAGCAGCGGCUUGGCUGUCAAAAUGGCAGAAGAAGGCAUCGCGUAAUUAAGUCGGGUCUGUGCAAGUAUGCCGAGCGGCGAUCGCGCCGAGAAAGUGGGAACCAGCGUGAACAACCAGAGGCAUCCAUUCGUCUCAGACAGGGUCCUCUCGUGAACCGUAGUGUAGAGGUGUACGGCGCGCCCACACGAGGUCGGAGGUUCAAAAAGCCACAGCGAUGUGUGCAGUUCCGCAUAGAUCAGACGGUGCCAAACGGCACAAGAUGA